GUUCCUGAGGAAGUUAUGAAGACGACAAGCUCAGAUUAUUCCUCAGUGGGAUGGUUACCUGGUACUGAAUCCCUGUGGCAGAGCACAACGAUUUCAUCAAGCAGUCAAAGCAAUCCUGUCAGAAGACACAGCAUAGCUUCUGACAGCGGGGACACUGGGAUUGGUACCUCCUGUUCUGAUAGUGUGGAAGAUCAUUCAACUUCAAGUGGUACAUCCUCAUUUAAGCCCAGCCGAUCACUGGUAUCCAUUCCCACUGCCCAUGUGAUGCUGUCUAAUGCCAGCUCUUCACUUUCCAAACACAGGGAAGCUUUCAAGUCUGAUGGCUCAAAGUGGAGCACAAGCUUUGUACGGUCAGGAGGAGGCAGAAAUCAGGGUUCACUGGACAACUCUCUUGACAUGAAAGAUGCAAGACCUGUGAGAAAAUGGUCCUCCUUGUCUAAGCUCAGCUCACCAAAUACCUUCAGCCAAGAUGGUAGUAGUCAUUCAGUGGAAUACAGGGCUGGUACAGACAAAGCCGUGUCACCACAAUUAAGGACAAAUGGGCCAAGUUGUUUGCAUGACAGCAUGGAAUUGCUAAAAAUUGAGGACAAAGAAAUGGGGAAAAAACGAUCUUCUCUACUGGACUGCAAAUAUAAAUUUGAAACGUGCAGCAAAGAUGAGUUUGUUUCAGAUUCCCCAAGUAGGAGACAUGCCUUAGACUUGACCUACAGUGCCUUACCUGAAAGCAAACCUACGGCAGCCAGUUGUGAGGCUUUCGGACAGAGAUAUGCAACACUGGGACAGCAGGCUGUGAGUGGAGCUCCCAUACAGCCAGCAGUGAGGACUCAAAUGUGGCUUAAGGAGCAGCUCCGUGCAAAUCCCCUGGACUGCAGGCCUGCCGAGGAGCCCUACGGUGUAGCUGCGUGGCAUGUGCAGCAGCCUGAAGAUUUUAGAAUAGGAGGUGAACAGCCUGUGCAGGUUUCACCUGGAACAUCUCGUCCAAGUUACCCAGCUACCAGCUAUCAGGACUCCAGCAACUGGGAAUCUCUAAUGAAAAUUAAAGAGGGGCUGCUAAGACAGAAAGAGUUUGUGAUUGAUCGGCAAAAUCAGCAAAUUAACAAUUUACAUCAGAAGAUAAGGGAGAAUGAAUUACGAGCUCAACACGCAAGACUGAGCCAUCUUGUGAACUGCGAAGAACCUUACGUGACUAAUUUACAGCAACCACAGUAUGAGAGCACACUGCUGCAACCUCACAUUUCAGAAAGAUCAGCCUCCCACCUUGAGGAGCUUGAGCGAAAGAUUGCAGCAGCUGAGAAUAAGGAAUUACAACUCAGUGAAAUUGUAAAACAACUUUCAAACAAAUCUAGUGAGGAGAAAAAGAAGAUGGAGGAGAAACUUAAAACUAGAGAUCGGUAUAUUAAUAGCCUGAAAAAGAAAUGCCAGAAGGAGUCUGAGCAAAACAAAGAAAAACAAAGACGAAUUGAAACCUUAGAAAAAUACCUGGCUGACCUACCAACACUGGAUGAUAUAGAAGGGCAGACUAAACAGCUGCACAUUCUAGAAGAGAAGAACAGGCAACUUCAAGAAACUAUGGCUGAGUUAGAAAAGAAGCUUGGUGAGGCCCGGUCGCAGUGCAGAGAGAGAGAAUUACAGCUGGCAUCUCAGAAGAAAAAAGAAAAAGAGCUGGUCACAACAGUGCAGAGUUUACAACAGAAAGUAGAAAAAUGCCUGGAAGAUGGUAUUCGGCUUCCUAUGUUGGACACAAAACAGCUUCAGAGUGAGAAUGAAUGUCUUAAAGAGAAGAAUGAGAAAGCCAGUAAGGUCAUAGACAAUCAGCAAAAUCAGAUAGCUGGACUGAUUUUAGACAUGCAGUCUAUGCAAGAGAAGCUUUCGCAAGAAAAGUUGAUAAUUCAGAAGAUGACAAAUGAGCUUGAGGAAAAAGAAAGGAAUAUAGAGCAGUUGAAUAAAACUCUCUCUGAAAACCAAAGACUGAUGGAAGAGAAUGCCUGCCUGAAGGAGCAGAUGCGGCUGGUGGAGCAGUCCAGGCAGCCAGUAUCUGAGAAGAUGCCUGUAGCAGACCAGUUGUUCAAGGAAAUGUCCCAUUGCUUGUUUGACUUGAAAGCACUGUGCAGUAUUCUUACCCAGAGAGCUCAGGGCAAGGAGCCUAACCUUUCCUUACUGCUGGGAAUCAGAUCACUGAGCUGUUCAGCUGAAGAGAGUGAAAAUUACCACAGCACAGAAACUCUUUCGAAGAAGCUCUUGGACGUUUGUCAGUUACGGAAGGAUAUUGAUGAAUUAAGGACUAUAAUGUCGGACCGUUAUGCUCAGGACAUGGGGGACAAUUGCAUUACUCAAUGACAACACUUCAUCUAGUAGAAAACGACUUACUAAAUCCCGCUGUGUCACAGGUCUUUUCAUUUCUACUAAGGAGCCAUAUUGGAAGGCUGCAAAUAGCCACAGACACGCACCUGUGAGGGCUGCGUAUAAUUAACCUUGGGAGUCUGGUCUGGAGGGGAAAGUCAGCAUUGAACAGAGUGGUACAAACUGCAAGAAAUCUUUUCUCCAAACUACUGAAUGUAGGAACAAGCUGUGAAGAAUGAUUCAGUUGGACACUGUUUCCUUCAUUAGGGCUCAUUUUAUUACUUCAUCUAGUUUUUGGAAUCAGAGCUUCAAAACAGCCGUGCUGCUACUGCUCUCAGUCCUUUCCUUCAUCAAGGGUUUGUGUGGCAUUAUAUGUGUUCUGAUAUUAGAGGAGAAGGUCAAAGGACCUGUAGCUGUAUGUGGUGAAGCCAGAGUUUCUGCCACUGCACUUCACUCAAAGAAUUGCGGUUGGAACAAUCUUGGAGCACUACAAAAAGUAGUUGAUAUCCAAGUUGUCUAAAAAUAGGAAUAUAAGAAAGAUGGGUUUAGUAAUGGAUUGUUUGUCCAAUAGCAAUUGGACAAGUUUAACUCCUUUAUGCAAACAAGUCCAUAAAAUAUAGCUAUAUCAGGUUGUUUGAAAUGCUCUCACAUUGCUGUAAGAAGUUUCAGUAAUAUGAAGUCUGUGACAAACCCAGAGAAGCUAUAAGAUAUGAAACUGCAACAUAGUACAUGGCUGCAGGAAAAAAAAAAAACAAAAAACAACCAACAACUGUACUUUGGUGUUUUUAUUAACUUUUUCCUUAGGUCCUCUCCAUUUUAAAAUGUGGCUGGUCUGUGUUCUGUUGCUGAAGGCCUCUGAUGAGGUUGUGCACCACCUCAACCAUUUUUUACCACAGCUAAAAAGGGUGUUUAACUCUUGGCAAAAUCAGGGCUCAAACCAGAAGUUUUCCAGUUAGCAGUAUUAAGUACUUGGUUAUCUGAGAACUGCAACAUUUGCCACAUUGUUUUGGAAUUUUUGAUCUCUCCAUUUUUGUAGGAAGCAAUUACCUAAAAAAAUAAGAUUGUGUUCCAUAGCUUUUCAAUGAGUAUCACUUGGCAGUGCUGUUUAACUCCCAUGGGACAGAUGACAUUUCCUGGAACAUUACUGCAAGGUAGCUGCACAGUUAUGCAUGCUGGAAAAUAGCAUUUAACUGAAGAAAACAAAAACUUGUGAAGAGCAAAACCACUUCCAGAUCACACUGUUAAGAAAAAUACAUGCAUCACUUACGUGUGUGGGACUAAAAGAAGGUUUUAGAUGCUUUAAAAUGCAAGUCAGUCAACUGACCCGUAGUGGGGAUACCAGCAGAAAUCUCUUAGAAAGCUUAGCAAUUAGAACCAAGAAAAUUCUAGGGUAACAUUUUUAUGGCAAAAGUGUUAGUAUCUUCUGUUUUCUGAUUAUACUUGUGUUAAUAGAAAAAAGUGGUAAAGCAACAUAUACUGGUUACCAGUUUUAACUUGGUGAUAUUUUGCUUUCUGUCUAUUGUUAAACAGUUACCAUUAAUGUUGUUUUUAUAAUUUAGUGGUUUGGGGUUUUUUUAACUAUAUGCAUUUAUUUAUUUCACAGUUUUCUCUAUCCUGAAACUACACUUGGACUAAUUUGUGAAAAAUAAUGUUGCUAUUUAUAUUACUGCUGCAUGGUGUUUCCAGAUAGAUUAAUCUGGUUCAGCUCCUGUGAGCACUAAAAUAGUGUCUAGAGGAAAUCGCAAGUGAAAUUGUCUAGUGUCUACUUAAAGGAAAAGAAAUGAGGCCAUUUUAUUUUAAAUGUCUAUGCUCUUUCUGUAUGCACACUGCAAUCUCUCCACAAGGGUGUAAUUUUCUCCAGUUUUUCUUGUCUGUCUCAAUGCUGUGAUGGAGGUGGAGUUGGAAAUAUGAAUGUGCUCUUCUCAUUGAUGUAACAAGUUUUGUCAUGAGUGGGAAAAAGAUCUUCUGAACUAAUCUGCAUUCUUAGACUGCAAACAGAUCAAUGGUAAUUAUCUAAAGGGAUGAUUUAUUCUGGAAGCUCAUUAGCAGUAUUAAUUCCACAUUAAUACACAUCUUCCACAUCAAAGGUGUACUUUUUUUACUAGUGCACAACUGAAGACAAGGAACUUUGUACAAAUGGGCUGGCAUGGUUUCCGGUGCCUCUGACAGUAUUGGCUUUUGUAACUAAAGCCUCAGCUCGUUCCUUUGGUGUAAUUUGCUGGUUUUGGUCCUGCAGUGAGGUAGUAGUCUUCAGUUUAUGGCAUCUGUCUCCUACCAGAAUUCAACAAUAGCAUUUCAGAUAAUAAAUGAGAAGUAUUAGGGAGAGAGGAAACACCUAAGUUACAUGUUGUUUGCUUCCUUAAAUGGCAGUGUUGUACCUAUAAAAAUUUACCAAGCAACACUUUUUCUAAAUUUGAUGGAAAUAACAAGGAGGUUAGUAGAGCAAUUAGCGAGGAGCAGGAGAUCUUUUUUGAACUGUUAAGCUUGUCACUUGGCUGGUGUGCCUCCAGCAUCCCUCCUGUUAAAGGGUGAUACUGUACUGAAAGCUGAGAUCAGUAAUUUAUGUUUGCAGAGCACUUCAGGAGUCUUUAUGGUCUUCGAGUAUUAGUUGAAAGUUUCUGUGGAAGGAGGUCCCAUUUUAUUUGUAAUACUUUGAUUGCAGUGCUGUAAUCUUGCAUUGCAAUGUUUUUCUUACAGAACCUGUAAUAUUUAUGUUGACUUUAAAGCACUUGAUUUUAAAACCCCGUGAGUUUAUCUGCCUCAGUCAAAUUAAAGUAGGGAGGUAAAUGAUGGAUGUAUGAGCCAAAGAUGCAGACUACCAACUGACUGUCUACAGUGAUGCAGUAUUUUGCUUUGAUUCCUUAAAAUUUGGCCUGUUGUAGUGGUAGCAAUUACUAUAUAUGCAUCAGUUUACAGAUGCCUCUAAAUGGAAUAAGCUUUGUCUAAGAUAUGCAUGACUGUUUAAUUGGUUAAAAUGUAGUGUGUGUGUGGUCUCAUUCAGCUUAUUUAAUACAGAGUUGAUUAAAGAAUGUUAACAUUG